UGUAUCGGUCAGUCAUCUCUAGGUAAGGCGGCCAGUCGGACGCCCUUUUCUAACUAGUUUGUACUUAAUUGUCUGUGAUAUUUUGUGCCAGCCAGCGUAACUAAUAACCAUGAAGUUAAAGUCAGAACUCCUGGAGCAGCCAGCCGGCGAGAUGUGGAAUAAGAUCAGAGAAGAGCUGAAGGAAGAUUUGGAGACUUGUGACAGGGACGCGGCCCUCAUCAGGGAUUGGCUGAAGAAGCAGCCGCACUUGCCUGAUGACUGGGACUACCAAUGCCUGCUCAAUUUUCUUCGCGGCAGUAGCUAUUCACUGGAGAAGUGUAAGCGUAAGCUGGACAUGUACUUCACUAUGAGAGCUGCUUGCCCUGAAUUCUUCACUGAGCGGGACAUCACUAAGCCGGCUCUGAAGGAUGUAUACAUGACCAAAAUACAAGGCCCGCCACUGCCCGGGAUCACUCCGAAUGGAAGAAGAGUCACAUUAAUCAGAGGCACCCAUCCUAAUCUCGACUCGAAGCAGAUCACCGACGUGUUGAAACUGGCCUUGAUGAUCGGUGACGUCAGACUCACGGAAGAGAAGGUUGGGGUUGCUGGAGACGUGUACAUCAUAGAUGCCACGGUGCUCGGACCUAGUCUCUUAGCUAAGCUGUCUCCUAGCGUCAUUAAGAAGUUCUUGAUUUGUGUCCAGGAAGCCUAUCCAGUUAAGCUGAAAGAAGUCCACAUCAUCAACACAUCGUCAUUAGUUGAACGCUUUGUCAACUUUAUCAAACCUUUCCUCAAAGAGAAAAUUAGGAAAAGAAUAUACGUCCACAAAGGCAUGAAGGAGCUGAGCAAACACAUCCCUCUGGAGAUGCUGCCAACUGAAUACGGCGGCAAAAGCCCCAGCAUUGAUGUUCUACAUGAACAAUGGCGGCUGAAGUUAGAAGAGUACCGCGACUGGUUCGCUGCGCAAGAGUCAGUGAAAGCCAACGAGGCGCUCCGGCCGGGUCGGCCGACCAACUACGAUGAACUCUUCGGCAUCGAUGGCUCCUUCAGACAGUUGUCUAUCGAUUAAGCUUAACCAGACCGCUUAGCAUAACUUGCGUUGUCGUACGCUACUCCAUGUGACUAGCGCGACUUCAAGU